AUGACUCGCAGUCAAAACAUUCGUGUCUACCGUGCGUGCCAGCGGUGUCGCCAGAGGAAGCUCAAAUGUGAUCAGACAUAUUCCUCAUGCUUGCAGUGUCUCCGUGCCGGUGAUGAAUGUGUUCUUGCCGGAUCACGGCGCGGGGGCGACUUCUCUAGGUUUCGACGGUCGCGGCAGAAGCAAAACUCUACGCCGUCUCUUAGCGGAUCUGGAAUAGAGCAGAAGCCGAGCGGUCGACAAGAUAGAGACCCGGUGAAAGGAGAUGAAGAUCCUAUCUACGCCGAGUUAACUAAUCCGGGCGAUGCUCUCCAGAUCCUUGCUCGACUUGCAGCGAACGACAACCAGGUUCCUAAUAUCCCGACCAACUCCAUAGCCUCGGAUCCCUUCACGGGGAACUGCUCCUUGGAUGGAGAACCGACGGUGUCCUCCUUUGCAGGAAGUAAUACGAUGAAUCUCAUACAGCCCCCGGCGUCGCAAUCGACGCUUUCCGAAACGGAGACAUUGGUGAUCGGCGUGUUAGGUACAGAUACUGUGAAUCUUCUAGUCCAGCAGUAUGAAACAUUCGCCCCUCGCAAAUAUGUACCAUCUGACUCGUUAGUUACGCCUCAAACUACCACACUUUCUGCCCCCUCGCACCCAGAAAAGUUCUGGCAACAAAAGAUCCGCGCAGAACAGCAGUAG